CGCCGUCGCCCAGGCUACCAAGAAUUGCAUACCCUGUGUCCCUUUAGGAACACCUUCGAACUUCCCAGUGAUAGGGAUUAUUAUAUCCUCCGGUUUCCCAUCGGUUCGACCGCCGUCCCAAAGGAAGAGGAAAAUUUAACGCCUCCCCAACCACUCUUGGAUUCCAGACCAAACGACUGACCAAAGUUCGUCCAUCAAGAAGUCCACAAUUAUAAGUGCAUAAAGGUAUCUGUGAGAUCCGAAAUUUUAUUAACUAAAAUUUUAAUUAGUUCACUUUCGUUUAUGUAACGAAUUGGAAGGAAAAAACGAUCUUAGCCGGGAAUGUGUAAACCUUCCUGUCAUAACCAUCAACAUUCUGUUGACCUCGCAUAACUUGCAGCUCGACUUGCACAAAAGUUAGCAUCCAAAAUUCGUCACUUGUUUAGGUCCCUGGAACACCUAUAACCUUUAGCUCAUAGACCAUCCGAUCACGUGAUGGAAAUUUCCCACAAAAAGCUAUAAAAGACAGUUCUUACCCCCUCUCGGGGGAGUCUCUUAUCGAAACCGAACGGACGACAUCGAGUCGAAUCUCCGAACCCGCCGCUAUUCCGAUCCUCUAACAUCGAUAUCCAUUCGUCGCCAGAGUCGCGAACUUUUAUAUUUGUGUUCAUUUGGAUCAACGACACCUUUUAUGGGAUACUUCUGUGCCUACAUUCCUUAAUCGUCACGGGACCCUAUAAAGAGAUAACCAGAUAUGGGACUGAAAUUUCUAAUUACGAGAUUAUCAGAUUAUUCGACUACUGUCAUCUCUAGACUGACAUUAGAGAAUCAUCUUCAGGAAUGCGGGUUUUCUGUGCUGGAGUGGGUUGAAAUGGAAAAGACAGAUACGCAAGAUGAUAAACCUACAUUUGACGAGCGUAUUAUCCAGGUAGAAUGUGUUAGUGAGCGUUUAUUUACUGAUCUGUUUGCUGAAAUUGAUAUGCUGACGACAUAUUGGUGUAGAAUAAAUACAAAUUGUUGGUUAACGUUCAUGACACCUGCAUAUUUUCAUCAAACUAGGGUAGCUUAUCAUGAAAAUGUCGAUUUAAGUAAUUUUUAUUAUGGAACUCUCAUCUCUCAAACACAGUGUGUAAUUCACAGAUUUCACAGAUAUGUAAAAGGACUGCUCUCAGCAAAUUUCUAUCAUGACAUGCGGAUAUUGGAGAUGAAAUACCGUGUAAACAUUUUCGAUAAGAACAAUACUUUAAUGACAAUAAAAUAUAGUUCUAUACGGAGAAUUAUUUUAAAUGUAAAAAGAAACUCUGCUUCACUUUUCUUAGAUAUAAAAUAUCCUCCUGUUGCUCAUUCUAGAGGAAGAAGAGUUUUAACUUUUUAUUCUGCGGACAGAGAAGUUCAUGGUAAAGCAACAGUUUUGGUGUUACGUGUUCAAGAUGUAGAAUUUGCGAAAGAAAUAGUUAGUAGAUUUCAUUCAUGUAAUAAUGCGAUGCCUAUCCACUAUGGUUCCAUAAAACUAAUUAUCAGAAAACUUUUGCGUGUGCCCAGUUUUGAACUGAGUAAUUUUGAUUGCACGUAUAAUUUAUUUGCUAUACUUACUAGAAGUUUUCUCUUAUUAGAACAAACCAGGGGAAGUUGGAAAACUUUCAUCGAUCAACUGGAACAACAAUGCGAAGAGAAUUCAAUUUGUUUGGCAAAAGCUCUGGAGUAUGUAUUAGAUUUGCAAGAGCAUGGUAUACUUUGCCAUUAUCCAAAUGCUAUCAGAUUAAUGUAUCAUUGGUAUUGUAAGAGAGAUCAAGUUUAUGUAAAUGAUAAUGAAUAUAUAAUUCCUCCUAAUACCAAACCAAUUCGACGAGUAGUUUUGACUCCAACAAAAACUUUGUUUUAUCCUCCUAAAUUUCAGUUCAGUAACAGAAUUCUGAGAAAUUUUAAUGCAGAUUAUGCACUCCGAGUAUCUUUUCGAGAUGACGAUAAUAAAAAGUUGAGUGGACCAGCAAAAUAUAGCGAAGAUGCAUUGUUGGAUUUUGCAGUUACGAUUCCAGUGAUUGAGGGAAUAAGAAUAGGCACAAGACAUUACAAAUUUUUGGCAUGGUCAAAUUCUCAAAUUAGAGAUCAUGGCAUAUGGAUGUAUGCAGAAGACGAUAAAGGAAAUAAUACAGAUACUAUUCGAACAUGGAUGGGGGAUUUCUCGAUAACCAAUAGCGUUUCCAAGUACAUGGCUCGUUUGGGACAAUGCUUUUCUCACACAGAAGACACAGUCGAGAUUCCCUUAGAAGACCGUUAUGUCAUCACAGAGGAUGAUAUUGAAGGCGGAAACAAUCCUAUUACGGAGAAACCUUAUUGCUUUUCAGAUGGCGUUGGAAAAAUGUCUAGACAAUUAGCAGAAAACGUUAGUGAGAAGUUGGAAUUGAAAAAAGUUCCGUCUGCUUUUCAAAUCAGAUAUGCAGGUUAUAAAGGAAUGCUAGUUACGGAUCCAGCGUUGGGAGACGUAGGUUUGAAGAUUGUGUUUAGAAAAAGUAUGAAAAAAUUUGACAGUCCAUCUAAUCAACUUGAAAUAAUAAAGAAAAGCCAAGCUGUACCUGUUCAAUUAAAUCGUCCAAUGAUUAACAUCCUGAAUCAAAUAGGCGUUCCAAAUAAAGUAUUUAUGAAAUUACAAGAAGAAAUGCUUUCAACUAUAACAGAUAUUUUAACUGAUGAUGAAAAAGCUGCACAAUAUCUUACUUUUAAAUUGACUCUAAAAACUAUGACAGGGUUUAAAGAAAUGGUAAAUGUAGGGAUUAGUUUGACAGGAGAUCCAUUCUUUCGUGGACUAUUACUAUGUUUUCGAGAAAGAGCGAUUUAUGAUGUUAUGGUGAAAGCUAGAUUAGCCAUAAAUCCCAAUGAAGGACGGAAUAUGUUUGGAGUUCUAGACGAGACAGCCACUCUUGAAUAUGGCCAAGUAUUCAUACAAUAUACAAAAGAUAUUUUAGAUCAAGAUAGUAGUACAGAAACCGUAAUUAAAACUGGUCGAGUAUUAGUGACAAAAAAUCCUUGCAUUCAACCUGGAGAUAUUCGAAUGUUAGAAGCUAUUGAUGUUCCUGCUUUACAUCACAUUGUAGACUGUAUAGUAUUUCCACAGAAAGGGAACCGACCUCAUCCAGAUGAGAUGGCUGGUUCUGAUCUGGAUGGAGAUGAAUAUGCUGUUAUUUGGAAGAAAGAAUUAUUUUUUUCUCAUAACAGAGAACCAGAAAACUUUCCUUCUCUUGAUGAAGAUAAUCAGUCACAUGCCUUAUUCAAUGUAUUUAGAGCAGCCGAAAUUUUGAAAGAAUAUAUUAAAAAUGAUGAAAUUGGUACAAUUGGAAAUGCUCACUUAGCAAUUUCAGAUCGAUAUGGCAUAAAUUUUCCAGUCUGCAAACAGAUUGCUCGAAAAUUCUCUCUGGCAUUAGAUUAUGUAAAGACUGGCCAUCUGGAACCUCUAACAUGUGAGGAGAAGCCUUAUAGAUAUCCAGAUUUUAUGGAAAGAGGAACAGAGAAAUACACUUACAGUUCGGAACGUGCUCUAGGAGAUUUAUACAGAUAUUGUAAAACAUAUGUACAGAAAAUUACAUCUAUUGAACAGGAAAUAAUUAAAUUACAGAUUGACCCUGAUUUAAUUUAUCCUGGGUGGGAGAAGUAUGAAGAAUCUGCAAGUAUUUCUCGACAAAAAUACAAUCAUUUUCUCCAAAUUUUGAUGCGGAAAUAUGGAAUUCAAACAGAAACUGAAAUAAUUUCUGGUGCUUUUAGAAAACUUCACGAACUACAUGCCGAGAGGAAUGAUGCUUCUGAUGUUGAGAAGCUUAUUGUUCUCUCUGUGGAAACAUUACAGAAACGUUUUAGAAAAGAAUUUCAUUAUGAAUUUGGAAUUUCAGAAUAUGCAGAUGAUAUAGAUCCAAAGAUAUUUGAAGAUGUAUUGAAGAAAGCUUCUGCAUGGUACAUUACUACUUAUAAUAGCAAUUCUACUCGAUAUCUCAGCUUUCCAUGGAUAGUUGGAAAAUAUCUGAUUAAUUUAAAAGCAAAACAAGCCAAAGAAAAAAACAUUUCGUACUUCGAUAAUUACAAUUUUAGAUAAUCAUUUGACAAGUUUUAUUGAGAAUCUUUUUAUUUUGGGUUAUUAAAUAAGCUAAGGAAUGUAAAGUUUUUUUACGAACAUUCUCUGUUUUUUAAAAUUCUCCUUGCCUAUCGGAUGGAAAGCAAAACGUUAAAUCUGUACAAAAAAACAAAACUUUGAUAAUUAAUAAUCGAUUGUUAUCGCAUUCUUAUUUCGAAUGUACCAUGAUAAUUCAUAUUUUUUUC